AUGGCGACAACAUCAUUCACCAUCCCUACCAACGAGCAACAGCAGCGACAAAAACAAGAGCAACUAACUAUAACCUGCCCACUUGAUAGCAACCUAUCGCGCGACAAGCUUCUCUCCUUUCCCGCAUUCAACAUAUGGCUCACCACACUACACCACUCCUUAUCUCGACAGCAACAGCCCGCACACGAGUUCCACAAGUCCCCGUAUUCUCUCCGCAAGAUUGAUAUCCAGGCCGUUGACUAUUUUGGAAAAGAACAGCGACUCGGCUUUAUAAAACUCAAAGCUGAGGUAUCUAAUGAUGAAGGGGAGAGUUUACCCGGGAGUGUAUUCUUAAGAGGGGGAAGUGUUGGUAUGUUGCUCAUACUGCAACCUGAUGAUGUUCCAAGCGGUUCCGAUAAAGACAAACGUGCAAUCAUGACCAUACAGCCACGCAUCCCGGCAGGGUCUCUCGAGUUCCCCGAAAUUCCCGCUGGCAUGCUCGAUGACAGCGGCACAUUUGCUGGCGGGGCAGCCAAGGAGAUUUAUGAAGAGACUGGACUGUCGAUACCUCAAAACGAGCUUGUCGAUAUGACAUCACUAGCACUAGCCUCUACUCGCCAGGGUAUCAGCCACGAUGCCGAUAUUAAUAGUGCUGAUAAUCACAGUAAUCAUAAUUCUACGUCUUCAGAAAACGCGGAAGAAUCCCUUCAAAACGGCGUUUAUCCGUCUCCCGGUGGCAGUGACGAGUUCAUUCCACUCUUUUUGUGCCAGAAGCGAAUACCGAGACAAGAAAUCCAGGCUAUGCAAGGCCGGUUGACGGGGAAUAGGCACGAGAGAGAAAAAAUCACGCUAAAAAUUGUGCCAUUGGAAAAUUUGUGGAAGGAAGGAUUAAGGGAUGGGAAGACGUUGGCGGCUUGGGCAUUGUAUAAGGGGUUAAAACAAGAGGGAAGAAUAUGA